AUGGAAAGCCAGUAUGCGAAUCACUCGCCAUUCUUGAAUAUCUUGAUGAAGUCUGGACAAAUUUUACAGACCAUUUCCAAACUCUACGAGCCCGAAAACGAAGGAAAUGAGAAAAUCGUUGAAGAAGUGCAUGAGAAGAUUAAAAUUUUAGAAGAUGGUGUGAAGGAAUUCUACUUCCCAGAGGGAUGUCCAGUCGAUAUCAGUGCUGAAAAGUUAGGGAUCCUAGACAUCAUGGUUUUUGCAACGUUUGCUGGCUACAAGGCACAGGAACAGGUUCUUGGUGUGAAGGUUGUCGAUGCUGAGAAGACUCCACUCAUCUACUCAUGGCUUCAAGCUCUGAAUGAGGUGCCUGUGAUCAAGGAAUCUGCAGUUCCUCAUGACCAUCUGGUUGGUCUUUUUCAGUUCCUGACAUAA